UUGGAGAUGACAUUGACUUGAAUGUCUCCAUCAUGGAUAUUCUUUCCUACAAACCGUUCUGCACGGCUUUGUAAAGCCAGCUAUUAAAGCUCAUGGAGAUUUAGAACGCGAAAUCAACAAAUCUCUCCAUCUAAAGCUUACAGUGUUACUUGUUUGUUAAGCAACCACUGAGUGGAUUGAGAAAUGGCAGCUUCGGCGAACAUGAUCGUGACGAACACACCGGCGUCAGACCUAGCACUCACCAACCUUGCCUACUGCUCGCAUGACGAUCUCGAAGGCUUCGCUGUCCCUGACACCAAGCUCUUCCUUGCUUCAAUCGGCGAUUCCUUCGUUCUCUCUGUUUCUGCUCAUGAAAGCAUAAGCAGUGGCCAUAUUGCUCUAAAUGCGAUUCAGCGUCGGCAUGCUAAAGUUUGCACCAGCGAUUCGUUAUCUGUUAGCAGAUUUAUCCCGCCUAAUAAUUUCGAGCUGGCGUUGCUUACACUUGAGUUGGAGUUUCUGAAAAAGGGGAAUAAAAAUGAGCAGGUUGAUGCUGUUCUUCUGGCUAACCAACUUAAAGAGAGAUUUAUCAACCAGGUCAUGACAACAGGGCAAAAAGUAUCGUUUGAGUAUCAUGGAAAUAACUAUAUUUUCAGUGUCAAUGAAGCUGCUGGUGAGGGGCAAAAAAGCUCUAAUGCCCCUGAAAGAGGGAUGUUUUCAAGUGAUACAUACUUGGUCUUUGAAACAUCAAGUGAUAGUGGAAUCAAGAUUGUCAAUCAGCGUGAAGCAGCCGGUAGCAAGAUCUUCAGGCAAAACAAGUUUAAUCUUCAAUCACUUGGUAUAGGUGGCCUAAGUGCAGAGUUUACAGACAUAUUUCGAAGAGCCUUUGCUUCUCGUGUUUUCCCUCCCCAUGUGACAAAUAAAUUGGGGAUUAAGCAUGUGAAGGGAAUGCUGCUUUUUGGGCCUCCUGGUACUGGCAAAACACUUAUGGCUCGUCAGAUUGGAAAAAUGUUGAAUGGGAAGGAACCGAAGAUUGUUAAUGGACCUGAAGUUUUGAACAAAUACGUUGGUCAGAGUGAAGAGAACGUUAGGAAUCUUUUUGCUGAUGCUGAGAAAGAUCAAAAAACUCGGGGCGACCAAAGUGAUUUGCAUGUAAUAAUUUUUGAUGAAAUUGAUGCUAUUUGUAAGGCAAGAGGAUCACGUUCAGAUAGUACAGGCGUUCGUGAUAGUAUUGUAAACCAGCUUCUUACUAAGAUAGAUGGUGUGGAGUCUCUGAAUAAUGUUUUGCUUAUUGGAAUGACCAAUAGAAAGGAUUUGCUCGAUGAAGCCCUUCUGAGGUCUCUCACUCUCUCUCUCUCUCUCUCCCCAUGCAAACUUGGAUUUUAUUUCAUGAAAAGGCAUGGAAAAACAGGUCAUAGUGGCCAAGAUUGCCAAAGUAACUCUUGUUUUAUAACAAAAUCAAUAAAUCUAUUCUAUUAUUUAUUCUUGAUGUAUAGACCAGGGCGCUUGGAGGUUCAAAUUGAGAUAAGCCUUCCUGAUGAAAAUGGUCGCCUACAGAUUCUUCAAAUUCACACCAACAAGAUGAAGGAGAAUUCUUUUCUUGCUCCUGAUGUGAACCUUGAAAAGCUUGCUGCUCGUACAAAAAAUUAUAGCGGUGCUGAACUCGAAGGGGUUGUUAAAAGUGCAGUAUCUUAUGCUUUGAAUAGACAACUAAGUAUGGAUGAUCUUACCAAACCAGUGGAUGAAGAGAGUAUUAAAGUUACUAUGGAUGAUUUUUUGAAUGCCGUCCAAGAGAUAAUUCCUGCAUUUGGAGCCUCCACUGAUGACCUUGACCGGUGCAGACUUAAUGGCAUGGUGGAAUGUGGUGAUCGAAAUAAGCACAUUUAUCAAAGAUCUAUGCUACUUGUAGAGCAAGUUAAAGUGAGUAAAGGAAGCCCGCUUGUUACUUGCCUUUUGGAAGGCUCGAGUGGAAGUGGAAAGAGUACAAUAGCAUCUACUGUUGGCAUUGACAGUGAUUUCCCAUAUGUCAAGAUAGUCUCAGCAGAAGCGAUGGUUGGUCUUCCUGAGUGCGCUAAAUGUGCACAAAUUGUCAAGGUAUUUGAGGAUGCAUACAAGUCACCUUUGAGCAUCAUCAUUCUUGAUGACAUUGAAAGGCUACUGGAGUAUGUUUCCAUUGGGCCUCGUUUUUCGAAUCUAGUUUCUCAGACGCUAAUGGUCCUGCUCAAGCGUCUUCCUCCAAAGGGAAAAAAACUUCUGGUUAUAGGGACAACGAGUGAAGUUGGCAUCUUAGAUUCAAUUGGUAUUUGUGAUGCUUUCUCUAUCACUUACCAUGUUCCUACAUUGAAGACAGACGAUGCAAAGAAGGUGCUAGAAAAGCUGAAUGUUUUUGCUGAUGAAGAUAUCAAUGCAGCUGCAGAGGCCCUGAAUGAUAUGCCUAUCAAGAAGCUCUAUAUGUUGAUUGAGAUGGCAGCCCAGGGUGAGCAUGGUGGAGCUUCAGAGGCAAUAUACUCUGGCAAAGAGAAGAUUAAGAUCUCUCGCUUUAAUGAUUGCCUUCAGGAUAUUGUUCGAAACUAGUUUCUGCCUCGGAAAAACAGACCACAAAACCAUCCCUCGUAUUUACUGCAAUGUUCUAUUUUUCUCUCCCACCUUUUACUAUUUCUUAUCCAUUUGAGUUUGAGGUUUUCUCUCCAUGUCGCCUUAUCUAGAGUCAGUUUCUGAAAUAGGUGCUUUAAUUCACACCAUGUUGGGAGAGUUGUGUUCUUAGAUGGAAAUUGGUUGUAAACUUUGUUGGAAGUAUGAGGAUUCUGAACACAGCUGAAAUGUACGUAUGAUGAUGAUUUGAGAUU